AUGAAUCUUUUGCCUGUUCGUUUCUUUCUGCGUCUCUCCCUCUCCCUAUACUAUUUUCAUGUCAAAACAGCUGAUUGCUCCUCUCCAUUGUUCUCUAGAACCUCUUCGUCUCCAAUGCUCUCUCGACUUGUUUUUUACUCUCAUCCAUUACUAAUCGGUCAUAAGAUGAGAGCAACUGAGCACUUUUUUGAAACUCCACUCAUCGUUUAG